UAUUUAUAUUUUCUCUCAUUACUUACUUAUUCAACACUUCACAUUAAAUCUUAACCUUUCUCUUUUCUCUUCGUCUUAGAGCAAAUGGGUCCGAUGGUACUGAGCCAAUUGGCGACGGGUCUUAGCGUCCUCGCCGGAGCGGUUCUCGUCAAAUCGGUGAUGGACCACAAGCCCAUGGCAGGCCCAUUUUCUCGAUGCCCAACUUGCAACGGAACGGGUCGAGUCACUUGCCUCUGCUCGCGCUGGUCCGAUCGUGACGUUGGCUGCCGAACCUGUGCAGGUUCGGGUCUCAUGGCAUGUAGCAGUUGCGGCGGAACCGGAACGGGUCGACCCUUACCCGCUAAAAUCGCCAUUCGCCCACCCAACCGCACCUCCUAGCGUUAGUAAUCUUUUUUUUUUUUUUCAUCAAUUACAUAUAGUUAUUUAUGUAAUAUGAAGUGCACUUUGACACUUGUAGUGAAUACGUAGAGAGGGAAAUUAUUAGAUUGUAAUCAUAUUACUGUAAUUCAGAUUCUUGAUUUCUUAUAAAACCAUUGAAUCUUAAGGCCUAACUCUCUCUUUCUUGUAAUUGUUGGUCGAACGAUUUAUAUCAUAACAAACUCAGGUACUUAGAUGGCGAUUAAAAUUAGAAUUUUACUUUAAUAAUAGCAUUUAUGCGAAUCAUCAUGUUAUGGACACUUACUGUAGAAAUUACGCACGUGGUUGUGAUUUGAAAUAUGAAGUUGCAGCUCAAUUGUUGAAUGCAAGGCUACGAUUGUCGCCGAGCUUGACUGGUUGAAUCCCAAGAGAAAGUGGCAUUUGCAUCAUUUAAGAUCUGACCAAAUCAAAUUGGACCAUUUCCGGGGUUGUCUUGUUUUCUUCUUCUUUGGGGGUAUCAAUGUUUUAAAAUAAAAUAACGACUGAAUAAUUCUGAGAUUUAUGAUCAACUUGCAUGUUCUCUUAUACUCGCAAAGACUCAAAAUAGCCAAAAACACUAUUACUUUAGCAUUGAUGGGGUCACUUACCCAUUUUAACCAACGAGAUCUAAAAGAUUCAUGUGAACGGUUAUCAUUGAUAAAGUUUCACGGGUCAAUUUUAUGUAGAAUUCUUCCAACAUAUUCAUUUAUAACAUUAUUAGCAAUGAACACGUUGACUGUAUUCAUCGGUUUGUGCACGUUUUAUAAAUGUUCUAAUUAUUGUUUAGGACCAUUGCUUUCGAGACUCUCCCAGCUAGUUGACUUUAAUUAUGUUAACGAUGCAUUUUAUCAUUGAUUACCAACGAAAAUUGUCAUUAUACUUUUCAAAACCUUUGAACUAUUCUCUUUAAUUUGUUUGACUUCGGUCUUUUCCUUAAAUGUUCUAUGCUCCCAAGUAAAUAAGAGGCAACAAGGUCACACAACUAUGAGGGUCCUAAUCAGUAUUUCACUAAUGUGGAGAGUUAUUGGUUGAGCUUACACCAAAACGGUGGCAUGGUAGGGAUCUGCAAAGUGAGCAAAACGAGUAUGGGUUGUUUUAAGGUGAGCUGACUCUUGACGUGUCGUAUUUCGAUCAUAAUAUUAUUAUUAAAAAAAUGUUAGUAACAUUAUUUAACACAUUCUUAAUCAUUAAUUA